CAUUUUCUCCGAUUUUGCGCCAUAAAUCGAAAGAAACCCCAAAAACCCGAACGAAAGCUGAAACCCUCCAUUUGCUGGGGAAACUCUUAACCCUCUCCAGAAAAUCAGCAAUGGCGGGCAAAGAAGAAGCUGCUCCGACAUCGAAAGCAUCGGCGGCAGCUCCUCAAUCCUCCACCGACGCCGUGAUAGAGUCCAGCAACCUCGUUGGAGGUGGCGCGGAGUCCACGUGCAACGACUUCAACAACAACAUGAGCAGCGGCUGUAACGCCGAGAGUUCCGCCGUGACUUCGGAUGGCGGGAAAGGGGAGAAGCCUCCUCUGGAGCUCGCGGACGAGCUGGUGGAGAGAGGAUCGAAGGCUCUCAAGGACGGGGAUUUCGCCGAGGCCACGGAUUGCUUCAGCCGUGCCCUAGAGAUCAGGGUUGCACGUUAUGGAGAACUUGCCCCAGAAUGUGUCAAUGCAUACUAUAAAUAUGGAUGUGCCCUGCUGUACAAAGCCCAAGAGGAGGCUGAUCCUCUGGGCAAUGUGCCCAAGAAGGAUGCUGAAAGUCAAGAGGGCUCUACUAAAGGUGGAUCUGCCAAGAAUAACGUGAACGGUGAAUCUUCUACAGCUUCCGUUUCAAGCACUGCAGUGCAGGUCCCGCUCCCGGAAUCAGAUAAUCAGGGUGGAAUAGUAGAGGAUGGUGCUUCUGGUGAGAAGGAUCAAGAAGAAGAUGACGAGGAUAGUGAGGCUGAGGAUAUUGCUGAAGCAGAUGAAGAUGAAUCUGACCUGGACUUGGCAUGGAAAAUGCUAGAUAUUGCGCGUGCUAUUGUGGAGAAACACUUUGGUGAUACAAUGGAGAAGGUGGACAUAUUGUCAGCCCUGGCUGAAGUUGCCCUUGAAAGAGAGGACAUUGAAACUUCUCUCAGUGACUACCAGAGGGCGCUAUCCACUCUUGAAAAGCUGGUUGAACAGGACGAUCGACAGAUAGCUGAACUAAACUUCCGAAUCUGCUUGUGCUUGGAGAUUGGUUCUAAGCCGUCAGAGGCUAUUCCCUACUGCCAGAAGGCUAUAUCUAUUUGCAAGUCUCGAGUUCAGCGUCUAAUGGAUGAAGUGAAGAGUUCCUCUGAGCCAGUACCAUCCUCAGAUACUUCUGUAUCUGAUGGAGGUGUUAUUGAGUCUUCAAGUGGGUCCCUUUCCAAUAAAUCUUCUGCAGAUAAAGAGGCUGAAAUUGAAACACUUAACGGCCUCACUAUCGAGCUUGAAAAGAAGCUUGAAGAUCUGCAACAGGUUGCUUCAAAUCCAACGUCAGUUCUCACAGAAAUAUUGGGAAUGGUGUCUGCCAAAGCAAAGGAGAUGGAGAAGAAAGCCUCAUCAGCAGCUACAGGCUCCUCCCAGAUGGGCGCUAACAUGAGUGGAGAUUUUGACUCCCCUACGGUCUCCACUGCUCACACGAGCGGUCCUGCUGGAGUCACACAUCUCGGUGUGGUAGGAAGAGGAGUCAAACGUGUUACUAUGAGCUCGGGCGCAGCAGAAUCGAAUCCACAGAAGAGACCUUCUUUGGAGUCUUCCUCAGAUAAGCAAGAUGGUUCUGCUUCUUGAACAUGCUGGAUGCACAAGGUGAUAAUAUCUAAAGCUUCAACUGACAUGAAUUUUGUAUUGAGGAGGUACAAUCGGGUAUGCGCCAUAGGAAACUCAUCUUCUGCUAUGUGUGUUUGCGUUAGAUUCAUAGAGAACUCCGUCUUCACCAUAAUAUGAGGUUUCUUAUGCUGUUGUACACUCGACUGGAUAUCAUAUACUUUUCCAAAUUCUAGUAUAGUUCAUGCAUUGCUCUUAAAA